CUACGCUUGCUUUGAUCGUGCUUCGAAAUCAAAUGAAAACGAAUUCUGCAAUGUCUGCUUUUUUAUAUUCAGCAAGUUGCCAGAAAAAUCUAAAAUUUAAGGUUAGGAUGCAUCGAAGCCAAACUACGAAGGAUCGCAGUAGGCGUUGGUGCUAACGGUCGUGUUUUGUUUUGCUUGCAACACUUUUCUUCGUUCUCUCGUUUUCCGCGAUUUGCCGUGGAUUUGGCUGGUGCUAAGCCAUCCGGAUUGUUGUUCGGAAGUGUAUAUUGAAAAUAACCUUACUAUCAAGCAGUGAAAAAUAAGUUCAGCGCGUUACGUGUGAUCAAAGACGCCUUCGGUAGAAUGCUUUAUGACCGGUUUCAAUUGGCUUUGUUAUUUUUUGUUUCCACGUGAUAUUUUUCGCACUGUGUAUUUUGGCUGACAGUACAACGCCGCCGGAUAAAUCAAAGAAAAAAAAACGUGAUGUUGUAAAUUGUGUUAAUUGAUUGUAUUACAUAAAAAAUGCGUAAAAUUAGGCAUAAAAAAUGUGGUCUAGAAAUGACAAGUGGUAUUCUAGGUUCGGCAUAGAGCUAUGUCAUCUCGAGGGCGCAUUCUACGAAGGCUGGCCGUGUUCGACUUUGACCACACCAUCAGCGAGCACAACACAGACAUUGUAGUGCGUGAUCUAUUAGAUCAGAAUCUGAUCACUCCGGAGCUGAAGAGCAUUGUGCGCUCAUGUGGCUGGAUCCCUUUUAUGCAGCGUGUAUUUCGGCUGUUGCAUCAGAAUGGUUUCACACCUUCGGAUAUCAUAUCGGCCAUUCGCGGAAUACCAGAAGUACCUGGAAUAAAGUCAUGUAUCGCCGAAAUGGCUGUGAAUAAUUUUCACAUCAUCAUAAUUAGCGAUUCAAAUUCGGAAUUCAUCAAAGCGUGGAACGAAUUUAACGACAUCGAGAAAUACAUUCAUACCACCUUUACGAAUCCGGCCAAAUUCAAUGACAAUGGAUUGUUGGAGGUGCAUCCUUUUCACAAUCAAACUGAGUGCAAUAUAAGCUCGAAAAACCUCUGCAAAGGGAAAAUCCUAGACGACUUUCUGGAAAAACAGUUCAACGAAGCCGACACGGAGUAUGAGAAAAUUUUCUACAUAGGUGAUGGUAAAAAUGACGUAUGUCCAAUGUUAAGACUGACCGAGAAUGGAUUUGCAUGCCCAAGGGACGGGUACAGCUGUUACGACGAACUUAGCGCUACCAUUGCCAAACGAACGGAUCCUUAUGAGGCAAAAAUCCUGAGGUGGAGGAACGGGAGCCAUCUGACGAAUCUGAUUUGGCGAGAGCUAUGAAUUGGAGCAGUUGCGGCGGUUGGUACCUUAUUUUUACAUACUGUAUUGCGUUUAGGUUUUGAAUUCAUUUCUAUGCUGUGCUGUAUUUGAUAUUAAACAACUGUCUACAAACUAUUUUAAAAA